UCCUUUUUUUAUUUUGCCAGUGCCAUAUAAAAGUAUUUUUUAUUAAAAAUAUGGCCGUAGAUUAUUCCUACAUAUACUACUCUAUAAACAUCACGUAUGGUAUAUUAAUGUCAACACAAAUAGGUUUAGGUUUAAUAGGAAAUUUUGUGUACUUUUGGUGUUUAUUUAAAAAUCGAAAAAUUAGCAAUGGGGAAUCAUCGGUUCUACCAAGCAUCCCUACUUCUUCGAGACAGGUGAUAUCCAGUAGAUCUUCUACAAUGAAACCUAAACGAAAUAUACAUUUAUAUAUAAAAACUCUAGCUAUCAACGAUUUCUUGUCCUGUGUCAACUCUAUCACAUUACCCGUCAUUUAUUUGGUAUGUUAUAAUACUUGUCGCAGAUCAUACCACUUUAUGUCAUAUUCAUUAAAAAUUGGGUUUCCUUUCAUGGACGCCUUUACUAAUUUUAGCUAUAUAUUGAGGGUUUUUAUAUCCUUGGACCGCCUAUGGGCACUUGAAUUUCCUUUUUCUUAUAGAACGGUAAUGUCCAACUCUUUCAUAAAAUAUUUAAUGGUCCUAGGUUUUGUCGUAAGUUUCUCAGCCACUAUUCCUUACGGAUGGGGAUAUAUUGCAGUCAAGGUUGAAGAAAAUGAAACAACUCCGAUACUAUGUAAUCAGGUGUUCAUCAAAAGCAUACAUCCUGAAAGUAUAGAUUUUAAUUUAACUGAUGCAAAAUAUAGGAGUGUGAAGAAUAAUUCGAUACAUUGCCUAAAUAAGAAAUUCAUGAUUAUUAAAUAUACCCAUUCAGUUAAUCCCAAUACCCCUUGGUUUCAAACUUAUAGAAGGUGGAUUACUUUUAUCAUGUCCUUCAUCCCAUUUACGAUAUCAUCAAUGGCUAACAUUUUUAUAAUUAAGAAAUGUUAUAAAAUUUCCCGUAAUAGGAUAAAUUUGAAAGGAGGCAAUAAGGUUGCUAUGAAUGAAAGACUAAACUCUUUAAACAAAUGGUUUAAUAAAAUAACGAACCGUCAUCGUAGAAUUCACAAUCAUAACAUGGAUAGCAUGGCAAACUUACAGACCCAAAAAGCUUCACCAGUUAUGAAAAGGAGAGAAUUUCAGAUAACAAUUUUGAUGGCAGCCUUAAAUAUGCAUUAUAUAUUUAGCACUAUCCCUAUGACGCUUUAUAUGUUUAUCUACAAACCAUGGUCGGAUACCUUCUCAAAUAAGUCUGAAUUAUGGUUUCAAAACUUGGCCUAUUUAAGCAAAUAUGGGAAUAACGCGUUGAGUGUUUAUAUAACUCUAUUUUUAGAUCCCACUAUAAAAACUCUAUUUUAUGAUAUUCUAAAAAAGUACUUGAAGUUUUAA